UCGAUCGUCGUUGGUUGCCGUGCACGAGACCGGAAUCACCGCUUUCAGCCACCGACUCCGAUGGGACGCCAGUCAGUCUUGAAUUAGCGCUGAUGAAAGCAAGAGCUUCCAACCCGAUUUAGUUUUAACAAAAGUGAACUGCAGUUGCAUCAAGUCCUCGGCUGUGGCCUGUGAGAACUUCUAGGGUGGCGAUACCUAGACGACAAUCGAAAGUGCUCGAAUCCGUCAUGGAGCUCAUCCGGAUAGCGUUUUCCCUUUUGCUGAUCGUGACACCCUCUUGGAGUGAGCUCCGAAAAACAUUCCAUAGCAAAAUAAGUCGCAGUGGUGGCGCGAGUUCGAGUAGUCGUUAUAUGUUUCACCACUUUCAUAAUGGACGCGAUCGUGGACACGAUAAUCAUCACCAAAGCUUCAAGAAGCAGUUGGAGUCUACCACUAUCAGUGAGAACGAGCUUGAUGCGACUACUCUACCUCCACCACUGGAGGAUCCCCCGGUUGUUGAAUUACCGUACGAUCGAUCGCUUCCGUUAAGAGUGCUUAACUGCAUGACCAAAGCUUCUAUUCUGGACUGUAGUAGACUUUAUGUGCUACAAAACAUGGAAUCGCUUAAUUACCAAUUUGAAACGACCGGAAACCUGACUCAUGACGUACAGCAAAUUAUCCUGCCUUCGUAUAGACGACCAGACAACAAAUUAUUCGAAGAACGAUUGCUACACCUCAAUUCUACGGAGGUUGAUCGACGAAUAAAUCAUGGUUUAGCCCUGCUCUUCAACGAACGUCAAGUCGAUAUCAAGUUUUUGCCGGGAUUUGGAGUCCAAAUAAAACCCAGCAAUAGUGACACGUUGGAAUUCUCAAUCCAAAAGCAACCGUCUGAAAACGUUGUGGACGAAGGUCGAGCUCGAGACGGGGACAAGGAUCGCGAUCGCAACAAGAACAAAGGAACGCGUAAAGUGAUGAAACAUUUGAUCCGUUUGGGUGUUCCUGCGGUGCUACUUCCGUCGAUGCUUCUGGCUGGAGUGCUUCCGAUGAUGCUUCCAGUAUUAAAAUUUGCAACGAUAUUCACGAGCUUUGUGAACCAUGCUGCACUGGCUGCCGCCAUAAUGUAUCUGGCAAAGCAACACGCACAAGAGCAGGAAGAAAAGCAGACGGUUUAUUUUAAUGCUGGCUACAAUUAACUCAGAAGGGCCGAGUUUGGUGUCAGAGAAAGCGGUGACGGAUGAUGGGAAAAACUAACGAAGUUUAGUUAUUUUUUAAGUAAAUUAUUCUACGAUAAUUACAAAAUAGUGAUUUUAGCAAUAGCAACAAGACAAAGAUUUCUCGUUUUAAAUAUAAGAAUAGAAGAAAU